ACUCCACGCUUGCAAAGUAAAGCGCGACGCUUUCUUGAGGUUCACAUUGGAGAAUAACAUGCCAUCGACGCGGUGAACGCAUUCAAGGCUCAAAUCCGCUGUUUUGCACAAGAAAACACCACGAAAGCUUUAAAUUUGCUUAGGAAAACAGCAAGCGGUUCUUGAAAGACGCAAGUGUGGAUGUAACUGUUGCACUUUGAAUACAGACAUGAACCACUGAGACGGCGAAAGACAAAAAGCCUGGAAUACACUUGAGGGAAGAGCGCCGUCUCAUCCCACCACAUCAGAAGGUUUGCAAUCAUGAAGUCAUUGUGGCUACUGGCAUUUUUCUUCUCCGUUUUGACCAGGACCAACGUGGCUUUUCCCAUGUCUCCUACUGAACUCCCUGAAGUUAGCGGGACCUUCAGGGUUAAAGACACAAGCCUGACACACCUCACGGUGCACCGCAAAACCGGCGAGGUCUUCGUCGGAGCGAUAAACCGUGUCUACAAGCUCUCUGCCAAUCUGACCGAACAGCGUUCGCAUCAAACGGGACCCGUGGACGACAACGCCAAAUGCUACCCGCCUCCCAGCGUUCGAACCUGCACGCAGAAGCUGGAGUCCACAGACAAUGUCAACAAAUUGCUGCUGGUCGAUUACGCUGGCAACCGACUGGUAGCUUGUGGAAGCAUCUGGCAGGGCGUGUGCCAGUUCCUGCGGCUGGAAGAUCUCUUUAAGCUCGGUGAACCACAUCACCGUAAGGAACACUACCUCUCGGGAGCCAAAGAGUCCGAUGGGAUGGCUGGAGUCGUGGUGGGAGAGGACGAUGGAGAUUUGAAGAAGAAAAAGAAAGGUGGCAGUCGCCUCUUCAUUGGCGCGGCCAUCGAUGGCAAAUCUGAGUAUUUUCCCACCUUAUCCAGCCGUAAACUGGUGGCCGACGAGGAGAGCGUGAAUAUGUUUAGCCUUGUCUACCAGGAUGAGUUUGUUUCCUCACAGAUCAAGAUCCCUUCAGACACCUUGUCUCAGUAUCCCGCGUUCGAUAUCUACUACGUUUAUGGCUUCUCCAGCCGCACAUACAUUUAUUUCCUUACUUUACAACUAGACACCCAGCUCACCCAAGUGGACGCGACGGGCGAGAAGUUUUUUACGUCAAAGAUUGUACGCAUGUGCUCCAACGACACGUUGUUUUAUUCGUACGUAGAGUUCCCGCUUGGGUGCACCAAGGACGGCGUGGAAUAUCGACUUGUUCAAGCUGCGUACAAGCACCGGCCAGGGAAGAUACUGGCUCAGGCUCUCGGCUUGUCUGAGGACGAGGAUGUCCUGUUUGUCAUCUUCUCGCAAGGUCAGAAGAACAGGGCUAACCCACCCAGAGAAACGGUACUAUGUCUGUUCACGCUGCACCAGAUCAACCUGGCCAUGCGAGAGAGGAUCAAGUCGUGUUACCGUGGUGAAGGAAAGCUGUCUUUACCGUGGUUGCUGAACAAGGAGCUGCCAUGCAUUAACACUCCCAAGCAGAUUGGCGAUGAUUUCUGUGGCUUGGUUCUGAAUCAACCUCUCGGAGGUCUGAGGGUCAUCGAAGGCACACCGUUGUUUGACGACCGGACCGACGGCAUGGCGUCCGUGGCUGCGUACACUUACGGCGAUCAUUCGGUGGUGUUCGUUGGCACGCGCAGCGGUCACCUUAAGAAGAUUCGAGUGGAUGGUGCACCACCGCCACCUGAAAACGCUUUACUUUACGAGACGGUCACUGUCGUGGAGGGAAGCCCGAUCCUGCGUGACAUGAUGUUCAGUCCAGAUUAUCAAUAUAUUUACCUGCUGAGUGAGAAACAGGUGAGCCGUCUGUCAGUGGAAAGCUGUUCUCAGUACAGCACCUGUAGGACGUGUCUGGGCUCUGGGGAUCCUCACUGCGGCUGGUGUGUCCUGCAUAACAAGUGCUCCAGAAAGGAAGCGUGUAAGAAGUGGGCGGAGCCUCUGCACUUCAGCUCUGAACUGGAACAAUGUGUCGAUAUCACCGUCACUCCUAAUAACAUGUCCGUAACCUCGGCUUCGACACAGCUGAGUGUGAAGGUAGCGAACGUCCCGAACCUCUCCACGGGUGUCACAUGUGUGUUUGAAGAGCUGACGGAGAGUCCAGGUGAAGUGUUGGCCAAAGGACAUAUCCUCUGUAUGUCCCCGUCUCUGCGGGACGUCCCAUCUGUCACACAGGGUUAUGGCGAUAAACGGGUCGUGAAGCUCUCUCUGAAGUCCAGAGAGACGGGUCUUAAAUUCAUCACCACCGAUUUCAUCUUCUACAACUGCAGCGUCUUGCAAUCGUGUUCAUCGUGUGUAAGCAGUCCAUUUCCAUGUAACUGGUGUAAAUAUCGUCACAUCUGCACUAAUAAUGUGGCCGAGUGUUCCUUCCAGGAAGGCCGAGUGAGCAGCGCUGAGGGCUGCCCUCAAAUUCUACCCAGCAGCGACAUCCUGGUACCGGCGGGAAUCGUUCGGCCAAUCACGUUGCGAGCUCGGAACCUGCCCCAGCCUCAGUCGGGUCAAAAGAACUAUGAGUGCGUCUUUAAUAUCCAGGGGAAGAUCCAGCGCAUUCCUGCGGUCCGUUUCAACAGCUCCUGUAUUCAAUGCCAGAACACUUCGUACUGGUAUGAUGGGAAUGAGAUGGGUGACCUGCCUGUGGAUUUCUCUAUUGUGUGGGACGGUGACUUUCCUAUCGACAAGCCGCCCACCACGAGAGCUCUCUUAUAUAAGUGUGAAGCACAGAGAGACAGCUGUGGACUGUGUCUGAAGGCAGAAAGCACAUUUGAAUGCGGCUGGUGUUUGGCCGAUAAGAAGUGUCUCUUAAAACAACACUGCUCUUCACCUGAAAGCAACUGGAUGCAUCAGGGCCGACGUAACAUACGCUGCAGUCAUCCACGCAUUACUAUGAUCCGACCUCAAACAGGGCCGAAAGAGGGCGGCACGCGUGUGACCAUUGAGGGUGAAAACCUGGGGCUGCAGGUUCGAGAGAUCACGCAUGUGCGUGUGGCGGGCGUCCGCUGCAACCCUGCUGCCGCUGAAUAUGUCAGCGCGGAGAGGAUCGUGUGUGAUAUGGAAGAAUCUCUCAUGUCGAGCCCUCCCAGUGGUCCGGUGGAGUUGUGUAUCGGCGACUGCAGCGCUGAGUACCGGACACAGUCAUCUCAAACGUACUCUUUUGUGACUCCGAGUUUCAGUCGGGUGCGGCCGGAGAAAGGACCGGUGUCUGGUGGGACCAGGUUGACCAUCUCAGGCCGACAUCUGGACGCCGGCAGCGCCGUGACCGUGUUUUUGGCUCAAGAAGAGUGUCUGUUUGUCAGGAGAACGGGGCGUGAGAUCGUGUGCGUGACUCCACCAUCAGCAUCAGGCUCUGGGCUUUCAUCGGUCAAGAUGCGCGUGGAUAAGGCGGAAUUCACCAGCGAUGCCUCUUACACUUACACCGAAGAUCCAAACAUCUCCAACAUCGAGCCUAACUGGAGCAUUAUAAAUGGCAGCACCACCCUCACGGUCACAGGAACCAAUCUUCUAACCAUUCAGGAACCUAAAGUCAGAGCCAAAUAUGGAGGAGUGGAGACCACAAAUGUUUGUACCGUGGUAAAUGACUCUGUGAUGACCUGUCUGGCUCCGGGAAUUAUUUACACCAAACGUCAGGCUCCCGAGAGCGGAAUCCACCCGGAUGAGUUCGGCUUCAUCCUGGACCAUGUUUCUGCCCUCCUUAUCCUUAAUGGAACCCCUUUUACAUACUACCCAAACCCGACCUUUGACCCCCUUGGGAAUGCUGGGAUACUGGAGGUCAAACCAGGAUCGCCUAUUAUUCUAAAGGGAAAGAAUCUCAUCCCUCCCGCCCCUGGAAACGCCCGUCUGAAUUACAGUGUCAUGAUUGGAGACACGCCCUGUCUAUUAACGGUCUCUGAAUCUCAGCUGCUCUGUGAUUCGCCGGAUCUGACCGGUGAACAGCGAGUGAUGAUUCUGGUUGGAGGUUUGGAGUAUUCUCCCGGAACACUUCACAUUUAUUCCGACAGCACGCUAACGCUUCCCGCCAUCAUCGGGAUCGGGGCGGGCGGAGGCGUGCUUCUCAUCGCCAUCAUCGCCGUGCUCAUCGCCUACAAACGCAAGACGAGAGACGCUGACCGGACGCUCAAACGUCUGCAGCUUCAGAUGGACAACCUGGAGUCUCGGGUCGCUCUGGAGUGCAAAGAAGCAUUUGCCGAGCUCCAAACAGACAUCCAAGAGCUGACCAACGACAUGGAUGGUGUAAAGAUCCCCUUCCUGGAGUAUCGUACCUACACCAUGCGUGUGAUGUUUCCUGGCAUUGAGGAGCACCCGGUUCUUAAGGAGCUGGAUUCUCCGGCUAACGUGGAGAAGGCUCUGCGUUUGUUCAGUCAACUGCUGCACAACAAGAUGUUUCUGCUGAACUUCAUUCACACGCUGGAGGCUCAGAGGUCUUUCUCCAUGCGGGAUCGCGGUAACGUGGCCUCCCUCCUCAUGGCGGCGCUGCAGGGACGAAUGGAGUACGCCACCGUGGUGCUCAAACAGCUGCUGGCCGACCUGAUAGAGAAGAACCUGGAGAACCGAAACCACCCCAAACUUCUGCUUAGACGAACUGAAUCUGUGGCCGAAAAGAUGCUCACCAACUGGUUUACGUUCCUUCUUCACCGUUUCCUAAAGGAGUGUGCUGGUGAGCCUCUGUUCAUGCUUUACUGUGCUAUAAAACAACAAAUGGAAAAAGGGCCCAUAGAUGCCAUCACAGGAGAGGCGAGAUACUCCCUGAGCGAAGACAAGCUCAUCCGACAGCAGAUCGACUACAAGCAGCUGACACUCAUGUGUAUUCCUCCAGAAGGGGAGGCAGGUACGGAGGUCCCUGUUAAGGUGUUGAACUGUGACACAAUCACUCAGGUGAAGGACAAACUGCUAGACGCUGUGUACAAAGGCAUCCCGUAUUCGCAACGACCACAGGCCGACGACAUGGACCUUGAAUGGCGACAGGGUCGACUGACCAGAAUCAUCUUGCAAGACGAAGACGUCACCACAAAGAUCGAGAGCGACUGGAAGAGAUUAAACACGCUGGCACACUAUCAGGUGACAGAUGGAUCUUUGGUGGCUCUGGUUCAGAAGCAAGUCUCCGCUUACAACAUCGCCAACUCCUUCACGUUCACUCGCUCACUCAGUCGAUACGAGAGUCUCUUAAGGACAUCCAGUAGUCCAGACAGUCUGCGGUCCAGAGCUCCCAUGAUCACUCCAGACCAGGAGACGGGAACCAAACUCUGGCACCUGGUGAAAAACCACGAGCACGCAGACCAACGCGAGGGCGACCGCGGGAGCAAGAUGGUGUCUGAGAUUUACCUUACACGCUUACUUGCUACAAAGGGCACGCUGCAGAAGUUUGUGGACGAUCUGUUUGAGACGGUGUUCAGUACGGCCCAUCGCGGCAGUGCUCUUCCGCUGGCCAUCAAAUACAUGUUUGAUUUCCUGGACGAGCAGGCAGAUAAACGUCAGAUCACCGACCCGGACGUACGGCACACCUGGAAGAGCAACUGCCUUCCUCUGCGGUUUUGGGUCAAUGUGAUCAAAAACCCUCAGUUUGUUUUCGACAUCCAUAAGAACAGCAUCACAGAUGCCUGUCUGUCUGUGGUGGCCCAGACCUUUAUGGAUUCAUGUUCGACGUCUGAACAUCGCCUGGGCAAAGACUCUCCUUCGAACAAGCUCCUCUACGCUAAAGACAUCCCCAACUAUAAGAGCUGGGUGGAGAGAUAUUACCGAGACAUCAGCAAGAUGCCAAGUAUUAGCGAUCAGGACAUGGACGCCUAUCUGGUAGAGCAGUCUCGUCUCCAUGGCAACGAGUUCAACACACUGAGCGCGCUCAGUGAACUCUAUUUCUACAUCAACAAGUACAAGGAAGAGAUUUUGACAGCACUGGACAGAGACGGCUAUUGCCGCAAACACAAGCUACGACACAAACUGGAACAAGCCAUUAACCUGAUGUCUGGCAGCAGUUGAGGAUAGUGAAUGAUGGGACGGGAGAGGAGGUUGAGCGUUCGGGGGUUGGGGAGGGUUGACAUCGGACGGACUGAUUCAUGGUAGAAGAUCCGCAGCUCGUGCUAGCAUGAGGCGAGGCUAAAACACUGGACAAUCAAAAGAAACCACAGCACAGCAUACGAAGCCCAAUGUUUUUCCGGACCAGAACCCGUACGCCCAAACGCCCCGCUCCCUAAUGCCUCGGCUCAGCCUUGAGAAACCUCUGUCCUGCGCUGACCUCUCUUCACACAUUGCUCGCGUCGAAGCAACUGCCUGACAAACUUUUAUCAAACACAGAUCGGACUACUGUGGAUCAGACACAUUCCAAUGAGAAAGGUGCACGUGCUGUUGGAAGCUCCCGGAAUGCCGAGAUGGUGCCAUGGAAAAAUAGCCGCAGAAAUUAAUUCCUCAUAUUGACAAGAUUCAAGAUUUCUGGAACAUUCGUGUGCGGGUGCGUUUAUGGCAAAAAAAUGACCAAAUGUUGGAGAGAACUGCAUUAUGGGUAGUGUUGAGGCUGGGCAGAAUGAGAGGAACCUUCACGUCCUCAUCUCGAAAAUGCCAUAGACGUAUAAAAGCGCCUUUUUCUGUCUUUUAUUCUUUCUUUCUUGUGAUUCUGGGGGCCAAAUGGACCUCUUCUGGAGAAGAGGUAUGGAUCAGCAUCUUUUGAUCAUUUCUGUCGCAUCCGGAAAUGACACUCGAACACUUGCCGACGUGAAUCCCCGGGAAAGGCAUUCAUCCUAAAUUGGAGGCCUUUUCCCUCCUUGUACCCUCUGCGCUAUUUGCUUUUUUGUACACCGCUGUGUUACUGUGAGUUUUGGAGUGUUUACUCCGAUUUCUGUGGUCCAAAAUUGCGUCGCUGAGGACCGAGUGCUGUCCUUCGGUCAGGCAUCUUUAAUGUAGUAAAUCCAUCUAGAGCAAUAACUCUCAAAUAAUCCUGCAAGCCAUGAGUUUUAAGUUCAAAUUCACUGUCCUGACUCGAAAUUCCCAGCGUUCGUUAGCGGAUACGUGCAGUUACGCCUAAUUUUCGCCAUCGUCCCGUUGUUCUGUCGAAACGUAUUCACAAUGCCAAGCACAACGAAAGGGCGACUGCUCAACUCGCUGAUUGUUUUGUUGCCGUUUUAACAGGCCGAUGCAAUUUUUGACAUUGUAGAGUAGCCGUAGGAUUUCACAAAUCUCGUACAAAGUCGUCCGCAUAAACCUUACUGAUGGGGUUUCUGCUUCAUUGAAUAUGGAGAUUGUAUCCGAUCUGUCUGUAUACACAAACAACAAGGCCUUAAGUCAUUUCCUCCUAUCUCUGAAAUGGGUUUCUUGAUCUUUGCGACAGCAGUGCUGCCCUCUGCUGUCACGGAGGUAAACUGCAAACCGUCGGUUUUACUCCAGGUACUCUAUCUAGGUGGGAGCUUGAAUCGAAAUAAAUAUAUAAAAUAUUCUCUGUUUUCUAUUCCUUGCUGUUUGUGGUUCUGAGUUCUGCCCUGUUUAACUGCGUAUCGAUUGUGUUUUUGAGUAAAGUUACAAACAGAAUGUAAAGCAUGACACAUUUAUACACGUUCCCCUUUCAAACGCAAACAAUCUUCAGAAGAUCAAAGCCAGGGCUACAGGGAGAUCUAUUUGUUUUCUAUACAAUCUUGAAAGUAUAUUCAUUUUAGACUUUAGCAAGGUCGGUUCAGGCAAAUAAACAUCCACCAAAGCAUUCAUAAUAUGGGAUAAAACGGUAGUGAAAUCCAUUGGGGCCUUAUUAGUUAUACUUUGAGUUUGAAUGUAGAUAUUUAAUGAUCAUUACACUUUGAACAACAUAAGAAGUAUGAACAUUAUUUUUUGAUGUUAAACAUUAUUUUCUUUAUUUUGAUUUGUUCCUUUUAUAGAUUUUUAAUUUGGUCUAGAUGUGGCAUUAUCAAAAGCCCCAUUUUUGUUUAUCUCAAGGCUGAAAUGGUUGAAAUAUGAGGACAGGUUGUUCUCAACUAAAUGUGGGACUCAUUUGCACAUGAAAAAAAGUUUUUGGAUGAUAAUUAAUCAUUUUUUGGGUGGGGGAAUGGGGUCAUCUCAUGAAUCUGGCUCAUCAUCGGCACUCUUGCAACACGAUACGCAUCCGUCAGGAAUAGUUUGCCAGAGCUGCGCAGUCAGCAGCGCAGGUGUCGUCUGGACAAACCACUCUCAAAAUUAAACACAAUUAUAAAUCUACUUAAAAA